GCUAAACAAAUGUCAAAAUAGAUAUGAAAUAUGAAUAAUCAUUUUGAUUUUGAAUCAUUUCAAAACUUUAAAAAAAUAAGUUAAUGAUUUAAUUAUUUAAUACUUUUGAUAAAGCUGUAAGAGUACUUCUGAUCAAAUAUUAGACUACUACAGUACAUUUUUUUCAGUAAUUAUUGUAUGGCCUUCUUGGAUCUAAACAAAAAAAGAAAUGAUUGUCUUGUAACAAGUGUUCCAAAUUUAAUUUUUAUUCGACAGCCGUAUUAUUUUUUCUAAUUUCUUAUUUUUUUCUGAAUUAUCUUUUUAUCUGACUUAUUUUAUAAUGGAUCCUAUUGCCGUUUUGCAAAACCGAAUUGAACAAUUGGAAGCUAAAUUAGGUAUCAAUGCUAGCUCCCUUGACGGUCAACAGGGUGACUCUGCUACUGCCAAUUUGCUAAAUGUUGCUCAAGCCAUCAAUAGCGCGACUGCUGGUCAUGAGAAGCUUUCAGAAGCUAAGGAUAUGGCGAGCGAAUUAAACAACUACACAGACCCUAAUCUUGUAGAAAAUAUGCAACAGAACAACAUGCACAUGCAUGAGGUUGUUGCAGCAGAGCCACUCAUUCAACACCACUGCCAUUGCAUGCACCGCUGUAAACAGGCAGCACCAGUGCUAGAGUCUGAACCUAUCCAGCAGGUUCCUCAGAUGCAAGCGCAAGUUAAUGAAAUGCAUGUAGGAGCUGCUUCAGUGAAAACAGAGGCUGAAGAAGUUUCUCAUGGAAUUCAAGAACUGGCUGAAACAUGUGGGGCUGCAGCUUCAGAUGCCUCGGAGCAAUUGGCUAGUGUGGCUCAGAAAGUGGAACAAGUGGAGCAGAAAAUGUUCCCCAGGAGGAGGAAUGGCUUGGACUGAGUUGUUUGGAAAAUGCUUAGACCUGUUUUUCAUAAUAAUUAUGCUUACAUGAAAAACUUUCUUUUUAUUUAUUCGGAAUUUCAAUAAAUUACAAUAUUCUCUGUU